GUUAGGUUGGCCGGCGCGCGGUAGUGGUGGCCCAACGGUCGCAGCGCGAGCGAGAGAGAGCGAGCAGCAGCAGCAGCAACGGCAACGGCAACGGCAACGCAGAGAAAUAUUCCGUCUCCCCCCCUAAAGCUGUGCAACUAAUCCGACCCAGGUAGUUUUCUAUGUUCACAAGGAAACAUGCCAUUAGUAAAGAGGAACAUUGAACCCAGGCACCUCUGUCAUGGUGCUUUGCCUGAAGGAAUUAACAAUGAACUGGAGUGUGUCACAAACAGCACGCUAGCGGCUAUUAUUCGUCAGCUCAGCAGUCUCAGCAAGCAUGCAGAAGACAUAUUUGGUGAACUGUUUAAUGAAGCCAACAACUUCCACAUCCGAGCAAACUGUCUUCAAGAUAGAAUUGAUCGUUUGGCGGUUAAAGUUACUCAAUUGGACUCUACCGUAGAGGAAGUUUCUUUACAGGAUAUUAACAUGAGGAAAGCUUUCAAGAGCUCGACAAUGCAAGACCAACAAGUUGUUUCGAAGGGUUCAACUCCAAACCCAGUGUUGGAAAUGUAUAAUAAGAGUGACAAGCCACCUCCACUGAACAUUCUGUCACAGUACAGAGAUGACAAAAAAGAUGGACUUAAAUUUUACACGGAUCCAUCUUAUUUCUUUGAGUUGUGGAAAGAGAAGAUGCUACAGGAUACUGAAGAUAAGAGGAAAGAGAAAAGAAGACAGAAGGAGCAGAAGCGUGUAGAUGGCACAACUCGUGAGGUGAAAAAAGUUAGGAAGGCCAAGAACAGGCGACAGGAGUGGAAUAUGAUGGCGUAUGACAAAGAACUUAGACCUGACAACAGGUUAUCUCAGAAUUUAUGCCACGGAGUACCUUCAGAGGCAUCAGUUUCCCCAAGCAAUAGAUCUCAUGGAUCGGACCGUACAGAUUAUUCAUACCCUGCUACUCCAAACCAUCAUUCACAGCAGCAGCAAAUACCCGCCUCGUAUUUGUCAGAUGACAACCAGCAGCAAAUGUCGGCUGGGAAUCAAGUUCAGGAACAAGACUGCAAAUCGUCAGCAGCAGGGUAUAGGCACACUACUUUGAAUAGGCCUCAACAACCCCCACCACCUCCACCACCAACUACUAUAAAUAAUGCCCAUUCACCUCCACAUCCGCCAUUGGACCACAGUGUGCUGCCUCCUCUUCAGAUAACGGAAUAUUACAACUCAACAUGCCCUCCUUUUCUUCCCCCUGACCCGGUAAUUCCAUCAGCACAAACGGCCUUUGUCAGUCCACUCCAAGUGCCUGCUCCUCCAGCUCUCCAUUCUGGAUCAAUGGUAAUGGUUGCAUCUUCUUCAUGCUCAUUGCCACCUGCAGCAGCUCCUCCACUCGGUCCUCCUGUACCUCCUCCACCUCCAGCUCUGCCAGCACCACCACCAUCGGUUGAUUCCUCUCCGAUGCACUCUCAACCUGCUGUGGAAAACAAAUGGCAUGAAUCGGCAAGCACUCCUCUCAAUGAUGCCAGAAGUGAUCUCCUUGCUGCUAUACGUGUGGGAAUUCAACUGAAGAAAGUUCAAGAGCAACUUGAGCAAGAGGCUAAGCGCGAGCCUGUUGGGAACGAUGUGGCGACCAUUCUGUCCAGGCGUAUUGCCGUGGAAUAUAGUGAUUCGGAUGAUGAUUCGGAAUUUGAUGAGAAUGAUUGGUCUGAGUAACAUGGGUGCUUCCAUAGUUUUUUAAAAUAUGCUACUUCAUGUUAAAUUAUCAUGGAAAGUAACAUGGAGCAAAUCUGAAACAAUAUAGUUGUUUAAACGGAUUGUGGCUGAGGCGAGAGAGAAUGCUGAUAUAUUGUGAGAAUUAUUCAUGAAAAGAAUAAUUUAAAAACACCAUCCAGGAGUGUGACCAAUGACAACUUUUGUUAGGAUUGUAUAAAUACAGCUGUUUAUUUACAAAAAAUGGAUACACUUUGUAGGAACAGGUUAAGAUCAUAACCAAAUGCCAAGUAGUAGGCCAUUUCAGCAUCAGCUUCAGUGUUAUUGAAAAUGCUUCAUUGAUGUAUUUAAAAAAAUAAUGUUAAACUUUGAAGCGUACACAAUGAGCAUCCUGUUUUCCACAGGUUUAGACGGGUGAAACUUAUCCCUGGGGUCCUGGCAAAUAUUUGCCAUUUAAAUUACUGGAAGAGAAUAUCUUGUUCUUUUCAUUUUGCAGUUUUUGGGAGCUAGAUUUUACAUGUUACAACUGUGACUUUAAUUGAAAGCAUAUCACGAGCAACAGAAUUCUUUUCAGUUUUCACAAAAGGGAUGUGAAUGGUGUUAUAUAAAGAUUGCUGUUUUCUAUUUGAAGUAACUCCACAAUUCAAGAAAGAAUGGAUCUAUGGGGGAAUAUGGAUCUGCUUAGAACAGGAAUUGGAAUACCAACACUGUAAUAACGAUUCAAUAUCCUUUCACCAGUGUGUUCAACACAUUUUCCCCAUCACUGAAGAAAGUAACUAGCUAAACUAAAGUUAAAUUUUCAUCAAACUUAAAGGACUAUUUAUCCAUAGAGCAUAAACAUUGAGAAUAGUAAUUGCAAAAUAGCUAUGUACCACAUUAUUCUGCAGGUAAGACUUGCAACUCAUUCAUUCUCAAUCUACUAGUUUUAUUUUGAUAUUUUAAAUGAUUAUCCACCUAAAUUGUACCAUAAAUUGGAAAAGAUAUUAUAAUAAUACAUAGAAAUGUUAUACUAUUCUACUGAUGUAUAUAUUGAGGUAAACAUCAGAUAUAUUGCCAAAGGUUCAAUAUUUAUUUUAAUUACAGUAUGUAUUGUCAUAAAUCUACGUAAUUCAAAUAAGUUCCCUUACUUUGGUAUUACUGUUUUUGUUUUAAUAUAUUAACAGUAUUAACAAUUUUUUUAAAAUGCAUCAAAACCCCUCUGUAAACAUUGGCUAAGCUCAAUUUGUUUCGUACUGAAUUUCAAUUUACAACAAUUUAUUUUCAGAUCUUAUAGAUGUGUAAAAUUAAAAUGGCUGAAAUUAUGAAAUUGAAUUAAAAUAAACU